AUGGGAUUCAAUAGAAUAGCCCAAUCCAGACCUCUAAUCCCAUGACUAAACAAAUAUAGGAUACAAAUUUAAUCCAACCAAAUAGUCCCGGGACAAUGUAUCCCAAGACUAAUAGUCCGAUGGAUUACAAUCCCCCCUUAUCCAGUCCGUCCAAACAAACGCACCCAAUGUGUGCGUGGAGGUCCUUCGAUAGUUGCUGACAACAUUGCAAGUUUGAUCUUCCUUAUUUCCAUAAGUUGGCCUCCAUAUAUUUCUUUGUUGAAAUUAUGUAUUCAAUAUGCACAAAUGAAUUCCAUUAACUGAACCAUUUUACAAUCGUAAUUAACCAUAUAAAUACUUUUAUAAGAAUAACAAGAUAUUUCUAGCAAAGUUCUCCCCUCAUAAUAUGAAUAAGAUAAAAAACUAAAAACAAAAUUAUGUAGUUAGGUUGGUUAAAAAAUGAUUGAUGGUAGGGACCAAAGAAACAAGCACAUUUGCAGAUGCAUCAUUCGUCAAUCAAAUAUACGUAUCCUGUGGUUUAGUAAUAAAACCCUCCUAAAAAUUUUGCUAGGGAAACUUCAAGAAUUGUUUUCCAAUGCAAUCAAUGAAAACAACAGUCCAUAUCUUAGCAUGAGCGUCAAGUCUCAGGAAACUUGAAAGCAUUGUAAUAGAUAAAAUAAUCAGAGCCUCACUACAAAUAAGCACCCAGAAGUACUGCUUUCUCCACAUCAAUCCAAUCUUGAAACACCUGAAUUUUCACAACAUUUAAAUGGCAUCUCCUCUAAAUAACUUUGACUUCCCAUAUUUUCCUUCCCCGCCACCUCCUUCAGCGACACCCCCGAGUCACUCAAUUCCACCACCACCACCUCACACCUUUUCUCCACCACCUCCUCAUAUCAUUCCUCCACCACCUCCACCUCACACAUUUACUCCACCACCUCCUCAUAUCAUUCCGCCACCACCUCCUUAUGUCAUUCCUCCACCACCUCCAUCAUCACCGGGCAAUCACUCUACUGUUAUAGUUGUUGUUUUUGUCUCGUUUGGUGGUCUGUUUUUCCUUGCUUUCCUUGCGAUUGCACUCUGUUGCUUCAUCAAGAAGAAGAAGAAGAAGAAGAUGGUACAAGAAACUGAUAUUGUACAUGUUGAUGAACACUUAAAGGUGAGGGAGGAGAUUGUGCAAGGCCCACAUGGAUCGCAAGCUGUGGUGCUAUCAAUUGAGGAUGAUGUGCAUAUUGAUGAAGAGAUUCGGAAGAAUGAGAAGUUUGGUGAAGGUGGUAUGCAUGUUAAAUCUGCACACAACAUUUCUAGUGCCCUUGAGGAAGGAACAUCCUUUUCUGGUUCAAGUCACCACCAUCUAGAGCACAAGCAUUGAUUAUGGAUUAAUUUCUUUCAAGUUUGUCCUCACGCUAAUUCAGAAUAAUACAUGAAAAUAACUCAAUAUACUGUGUAAUAAAAUGAAUGUAUUAUUGUUUUGGGUUGUCAUAAUAAACUUCCAACCAUUGUACCUUUCGGAAUCCAUAAUUGCUUUUACAAUCUAAGCCUAAUUCCCAGGAUGAGAUGCAACUAUAUUGCUGUGUUAUAAUUUCUUACCUUCUAUUUGCUUUGCUGUGAUCUUUAACCUGCCAAUGAGCUUGAUAAAUCUCAGUUGGUUUUUCUGGUCA